AUGAAGGAAUCCUCAAAUGAGAGUGAUAGUGAUGAUACUUUUGAAUAUACCUCUUCCUCUGAUGAGGAGACAAAUCAUAUUGCCCUUGCUGUCUCAACUCCUAACUUUACCUCUGAUUUAGUUCACAGAGCCAAUGAGGGAAAAUCUAAGUCUGAAGUAGAAUCUGACUCUAGUGAUGAUGACCUGUCAUCUGACCUAGAUGAGAUUACCUACAGGGAAUUGUGUGAAAAAUAUGAUGGUCUCUUCAAUGAAACAUGUAAGAUCAAAGAACGGAACAUUUUUCCAGAGGUGAAGGUCCAUGAGCUUGAAGAACUUAAUGUCACUCUCAGGGAAACCAAGAAGGAAUUGAGUGACAACAUAGAUUCUUUGGAGAGUGAGUUAAAUGCCUUAGAGCAUCUCCAACCGAUGUGUCAAACGUGCCACAUAGACAUUUAA